UGUACGCCAUGUUUCUGUCCCUGGUGUUUCUGGCUGAACUUGUAGCUGGCAUUUCAGGGUUUGUGUUCCGUCAUGAGAUCAAGGACACCUUCCUGAGGACUUACACAGAAGCCAUGCAGAAUUACAAGGGCAAUGAUGAGAGGAGCCGGGCGGUGGAUCACGUGCAACGCAGUCUGAGCUGCUGUGGUGUGCAGAACUACACCAACUGGAGCACCAGCCCCUACUUCCUGGAGCAUGGCAUCCCCCCGAGCUGCUGCAUGAAUGACACAGAUUGUAAUCCCCAGGACCUGCACAAUCUGACUGUGGCCGCCACCAAAGUUAACCAGAAGGGUUGUUAUGAUCUAGUGACCAGUUUCAUGGAGACUAACAUGGGGAUCAUUGCUGGAGUGGCUUUUGGAAUCGCAUUUUCCCAGCUGAUUGGCAUGCUGCUGGCCUGCUGUCUGUCCCGGUUCAUCACGGCCAACCAGUAUGAGAUGGUGUAAGGAGUCUUUCAAGAAUGAUGGCGUAAGACACCUGUUUUCACAAGGAACUGCAACAACCUUUGAAAGACUUCCAAAGAAUGUUAGAGCACAGUACAUAAUGUCCCUGCCCUCUCCCCCAACCCUCUCUCUGAGUGCAACUGGCACUCCCACCUUGCAGCCCACAUCCUGUGUAGCAUUAUCUUUUGUGAAGCCCUGUCGUGCCAGCGUGUAGCCAGGUUCCCUGCAUCUAGUGCUAGUGGACCCCACCCUUGGCCCACCCGUACUUGGUCCUACUUCAGCUCAUUGUAGGUGACUGGUUAUCACACCAUCACUGGCCCCGCUGGGCCUUGCAUGUAGUGUGGGAGGCUCCUUUUUGCCCUUCUUCAGAAUGGAGAAAUGCCACCCCCCUUGAUAUAGAUAAACAGAUAGCUUCCUGUUCUUUUGUUCUUUCAGCUUAAUCUCCUUGAGUUCGGUUUUCCCUUUGCUAAGGCUCUUUCUUACCUUCUUCAGGAUGCCUAGGACACGAAAAGAGCUCCAUCAAUAAUUGUCCAGGAGAAAACAAAGCAUGUGUCCUGCAUGAAAUAACCCGUUGAGCUUUAGGUUCCUGCCUCGCUCAUUACUGUUACAUGCCUAGGUGUGUGUAGGAGCUUUAGCGCACCAAAGCCUCUCAGCUGCAACCCAUUACAAAGUUGCUUCCUGGGAAGGCAAUACUAUGAUUUCUGUACCCCACCCCCACCCUCAACUAAUUGCUAUUGUGUUAUUUUACUUCUUUCUGUUUUUUCCUUGCAAUGACAGUAUAGACACUGAGGACCUCUUCAGUCAAAUCAAUUUAAAAAUGAGUGUGAAGGGGGAACAAAAAAAAUCUGCAAAAGACCUUAAAAAUAAAGCCUCUGUCUAGCAUGCCAACAAGAAUGCAUUGAUAUUGUGAACAUUUGUGAUACAUGUAUUAAUAAAUAGUCAUUACAAA